AUGGCAAACAAACUAGCAAUCUCCAGCAUCUCCAUAAGCCAAUACCCCGGUCACUUGCUAGACCAGAAGAUCAGCGCUGCCGCCAACGGUGGUUACGCCGGCAUCGAAAUCGUCUACAAUGACCUCGAAACCUACGGCAAAGCACAUAACAUCCCAAUCCACAUCGCAGCCCAAAGAAUCCAUCAUCUUUGUCAAUCCCUGAAUUUUCAAGUCCUAUCCCUAGCCCCCUUCGAAAACUAUGAAGGCGCCUCAACCCCCCUAGACCAGCGACUCGCUCUCGCAAAGCACUGGAUGGACAUUGCCCGCUUACUGGAAGCACCAUACCUUCAAGUGCCCUCAAUCUUCGCAAACGACUGCAGCCGCGACGAAAACAUCAUUAUAUCCGACCUGCAACGGCUAGCCGAUCUGGGCGCCCAAAAGCCUACAGUCGCAAUCGCCUACGAAGCUCUGUCAUGGGGUAUCAAUUGCUCGACGUGGGAGUCUGCACUGGAUCUCGUGAAUCGAGUCAAUAGGCCCAAUUUCGGUCUUUGCAUGGACACCUUCCACGAGGGAACACGGGUGUGGGGUGAUAAUGCGUCUGCGAGCGGGAAGCAGAUGGAUGCAGAUUUGAGAUUGCGAGACUCGCUUGCGCGGUUUGUGCGCGAUUGUCCUGUCGAAAAGAUAUUCUAUGUCCAGCUUUCGGAUGCGGAGAGAUUCGACCCGCCUUACUCGGAGGUGCAUCCCUGGGCGAGGCCUGGGGAGGCGAAGGAGUUUACGUGGUCCAAGCAUGCUAGACCUUUCCCUUUGGAGAAGGAGCUUGGUGGGUAUUUGCCCGUUGCGCAGAUUGCUAGGGCUUGGAUUGUGGAGAAGGGGUUCGGGGGUUGGGUUUCGAUGGAGGUCUUUGAUCGCGCCAUGAGGGAUGGCAGUGUUAGUCCGGAGGUUGCGGCGAGGAGGGGAGUUGAGUCUUGGGGGAAGGUGAAGGCUGAGAUGGGAGAUCGAUCGAGGCUUUGA